GUUAUGGCGCUAUUGCUCCAAGGACAUAUGGUGGCCAACUAUUCUGUAUGGUAUAUGCAGCCUUGGGGAUACCCUUUACUGCUUGGAUAUUGGCCAGUGUUGGUUCGUUCUACGAAAAGGCUAUGAAAGGUCAUAUCGGGAAAGCCGACCAAGCUCUCAAGAUGAUGGUCAGGAAAAAUAAAAUUCGUAAAAUCUUCUUGGGUAUUGUUGUUGCUGCUGUCAGCUAUACGAUAUUCCUCAUCAUCCCAGCGGUGAUUUUCAUGUUUCUAGAGCAUUGGUCUUUUCAUAUUGCCCAUUAUUACACAUUUAUUACGCUCACAACUGUAGGAUUCGGGGACUACAUUGCAACUGUAGAUGGCCCUAGGUUGGAACAUUGGUUGUACGAUUUCAUUGUUACAUUGUGGAAUAUUCUCGGGCUUGCAUAUCUUGCCGUCCUUAUAAGCGUCAUACGCAAAGGGGAAAUGAAAACGGAGGGCAGCUUGCGGAAGUUUCGUGCAAAAGUGUUGAAAAGACGUCGAAAUUGGAAAGUUGAAAGGAAACAUGAAUCAGAAGCAGUGUCAUCUACAGAGGGUGUGAAAUUUAGAAGUUUAACUCCAAACAUAACUCCACUAGAUGAAAAGGAUUAUGAUGUCCUUUAUACUAAAAAGGAUCCUCAGCUAGGGGAUGUGAUUCUGCCAUGUUUUGUUGAUCUAGAGUCAGUGAAUACUGUUGAACAGACAGAUGAUGAUGAUGAUGGUGAUGAUGAUGAAGGUGGCAAAGGGGACAUCUCUAAUAGUUCUACUGAAGUACUUACAAUAGAUGGACAGAUUGCAGAGGAUAGAGAGACCAAUGAUAUGUGUAUCAUACUACAGUGUGAGAAUGUUGAAGACCUCCAUACUGUGGAGAAGGUCAUUCAUGCAGCCCUAGAAGAUCGAGUUACCGCUAAAAUGGGUCUACCUCAUCAGAGCGUUUCGUUGAAAACUCAUUACAGACAGCCAAAGAUAUGUACACAGGGUACACAAACAGAAUAAAAUUUCAGGGAGCUUGUAAAGCCUGUCUAUAGCUUCGGUAAAGGGUUACUAAUGUAAAUUAUACUCAACUUAGGCCAAGUAAAAAAAGAAAGGAGUUGAUCGUCCAGGUUUUUUGAGAGCAGUGAUGAGGGAGGUCCUUACUAAUUGCUCUUAAUUUUUUUUAAACAAGGAGUCAUUUUCUCGGCCCGUUUUUUGACAUCAAUGCAUGCUCAAUAUUAGUAAUAUGAGUAGAAACAUAUGCAUAUUAAAUAUAUACUGUGUAUAUAUAUAUAUAUAUUUAUAAAUAUAUAUAUAAUUAUAUAUAUAUAUGAAACUUGGACAUAAGAGCAAUCAAGUAUCCUUGAACAUCCUGUGCGAGUUUACAUGACCAGGUCAAAGGUCAUUUAUAGUCCACAAACUUUGGUAAUAUUGGGGGUAUUUGUGAAAUUGUCAUCGUAAAUUUAAAAGUUCUAGUUCACGAAACUUGGACGUAAUGUAUCCCUGAAUGAUACCCUGUGCACGUUUCAGGAACAAGGUCAAAAGUCAUUUAAAGGUCAAUGAACUCUGGCCGUGUUGGGAGUAUGUGUUGAAUUGGGUAUUUGUGGAAUUGUCAUCUUAAAUUUAAAAGUUUAUGGAUCUAGCUCAUGAAACAUUGACAUACUGUAAGUAUAAUCAAGUAUGAAUGAUUGUUUUGCAUAUGUCUUAAGGCACAUGAUCAUGGUUAUAGAGGUCAUUUUGGGUCAAUGGACAUAUUUUAUUAUCACAUUAGUGUUUUCUUCUGUGAAUAAUUAUUCAUUAGCUGUUUUCAAAGGGAGCACUGCUGCUAUAUCGAAUUUGCAUAAUGCAGGCAAGACUGCCAGAGGCGUUCCACUUGUUUUAUUGAUAUCAAUUGUUAAAUGAUUUAUGAAUUGUUCACUGAACGUUUAUUAUGUCAAUAUUUGUAACUGUUACAUCUAUUUACUAACUUACAAUUGUCCAUCAAAUUGAAUAGCUCAAGGAAGGAUGCAGUUUACCAAAUUUGAACAGAAUUGGUACUUUCCAGAAUCCUUUUUAUAAUUUUCAAUUUCUAGAUAAUAAAUAGCUCACUUAGAAAUACUUUUUUUGGAAUAUUCAAUGCAUUGCCGCCGGAAAGCUAACGUUAUAAAACUCGCCAGAAAAUUAUUCAUUUCACAAAUUCACAUGUCUCGCCAGCAGUCAAUCACAUCACUGCAGCACAUGCAUGCACACCCAACACAGUCACAAGCACAGUCAAUCUCCGCAACACACACCGAAGUAGGCGCUAUCACUCACCAAAUACAAAUUACGUCAUUAAAAUUGAUUUAUCUGCGCCAUAUUUCCAAAGCACGCGAUGGAUUUGUUCAGAUUCAGGAAGCGGGGUCCCCGAAAAUGCAAUAGAAAUGAAGAAAUCUGAUUUUUUUCCAAGUUUGCAAACUUUAUUUUCUCGCUAAUUUAUGAUUAACAUAUUAAGCACCCUCUCUCGUCAACAGUUUUAUUUUCCUUUAAAAGGCUAUAUACGGCAUUUAUCUGACAGAUAUAGGGAUUGAUCAUUGGAUAUCACAAAGUUAUAAAGAUUUUAUCCUGAAAUUAUUAGCCCAGUCCAUGCUGUGGAAUAGGUUUUAUAUCAUAUGAAAAACCACACAGAUUUGUAUUUUGAUCGGGCAUUCCAUCAAAUUGUAUUUUUCAUAUGAAAUCGCAAAAUUCAUCUUGUAAAACAUUUGUAUUACAUCGUCAAGUGAUUUUACAAACCAGCUCAAAACUAAUUUUCAAAUCAAAAUCAAAUUUUCGAAAUUUAUUUUUUUGCAUAUUCUGAAAGCCUGUGAUUCACUCUAUCAAUUUGCCAUAUUUGAGAUCAAAUUUCGUAUUAUUUAUUUUUUUUACGAACCAGCUCAACCCCCCUCCUUUGAUUUUACAAACUGACUCAAACCAUACUUUGUGUACUAUUAAGUCUCUGGGAUGGUGCACUCAGGUCAAAGACCCGACCUAGAUGCUGCGCGUAUGUGGUUGGCGCAGGGUUUGUGCGCAUGGCAUUAAUGAUUUUACAACUUGCUCAAAACCGUGGUUUUUGCCGCUAGAAAACAGUGCGCAUGGUACGCGUGAUUUUUUUUACGAAUUUGCUCAAACCCCCUGUUUUGGGUAAAAAUCAGCAGAUUCUGAAAUGCAUACAUGUCCUUUAUUUCAAGUAUUGAAGAAUGAAUACGAAGCGCGAAGUUAUAAGCGUCUGAAAAACAUCCAAACUUGUGAACGCGAUUAUCUCGAAAUCAUAUUUUGGAGACCAGCUGAGGUUUGAGCCAGUUCAUAAAAUCACUGAAAACAUAUCUUCCACAUCAUGUUUUAAGGAAUACACAUAUUCACAUAAUCUAGAAUGUUUCAGACCCGAUUCACAGGCUGGGGCACACAACUGGAUUAUAGCUCAUCUGGAUGGUUGAAGCUUGAUCAGCUGUAUAGUUAAUGACAACCAUAUUUCUGAUCACUAUACAGUGCUUAUAAAAAAAAGUUUACACUUAGAAAAUCCUGUAAAAUUAGACAUUUGUAAUAUCCUAAAGAUUUUUCCACAUCUUAACACAGUACAGAUCCAUUUUAAGCAAAUGACGAUAUAACUGUCAAAAAAUAUUUCAGCUUGAGUGAGCACCACUUACUUUUGAAAAGUUAGUGAAAAUGAUUUGCGCAGAACUUUUAGAUAGUUAUGCAAAUAAAAGUAGACCUUAAAGGAAAAUGAAACCCUUGAAACCAGCUGAAUCUAUAUCAAAGAGAAAAAUCAAAGAAACAUAUUGUUGAAAGUUUGAGGAAGAUUGAAUGAAUAAUAAGAAAGUUAUGAGCAUUUGAAUAUUGAGAUCACUAAUGCCAUGUAGAUCCUCCCAUUGGCAAUGCGACCAAGAUCUGUGAUGUCACACACGUACAACUCCCUCAUUACUUUAGUACUUAUUUCACUUAUAUUCUCACUUUUAUAGAGUCUAUCACAAGGUGAUGUGUUCUCUUUAUGAGAGGACAAGUACAGAGGUUUCACAACAUUAUAUCAUUGAUGAAUCGUUUGUCAUAUGAUUAGAAUGAGCAAAAAGAGAUGUUUUGGGGUAUAUUUUCAGUGUCCAAAAGGGGAGAGUUGUUCAUCUGUGACAUCAUAGAUCUUGGUCGCAUUGCCAAUAGGAGGAUCUCCAUAGCAUUAGUGAUCUCGACAUUCAAAUGCUCACAACUCUUCUAUUGCUAGUUCUAUUUUACUCAAACUUUUGUUGAUCUUAUUCUUUGAUUUUUCUGCUUUCACAAAAGCUAACUUGCUCCAAGAGUUUCAUUCUCCUUUAAUAAUGAAGAACACAUGGAAUUUAGCUAGUAAAAUUGAUUUGGAGAUAUCUUUCACCGUUUUUAACUUGUUUCCUUGCCCAAAACACUUCGAAGAGUGCAUAGUGCCCCACCCCACUCCCCCACACUCCUAGGCCAUCGUGUCGAUAUUUGCUUUACACCGAGCUGUGAUUUACCUGAAAUGGCUUAGGCUUGAUUUUUAUUUUGGUAAUCAUUGUCUAGCUUGGGAAAAGUGUGGAGAAACAAGUAUUAAAUUAAAAAUGAAAUGUAAACCCACUUUAAAUGAUAAAAAUGCUGGAGAUGUCUGAUAUAAACUUUUGUUUGGAUUCAUUUAUGUCCUAGCUCAGAUCCAGCCGGCACAAAAAGGGUAAAGGUUGUGCUUACUAAGUGUUGAAAUUUCAAUUUGGGUGGCAACAUUGUUACAAGAUGCCUGAAUGUAUCCGUUUUAUUUCAAUUGACUAAAAGUGCAAGGGAAAUAUGAGAAAUGUUUCACAGAGUAGGUUUGAUUUCACCCUUUCCCCUUGACACAGCGUGAAAACAAGCAUUUCUGCGAGCUUUACAAAAGUACUCACUCAAGUGUAACAUAUAUUCUGUCAAAAUUUUUACUUUCAUUGGAUAGAUGAGACCCAGACCCAAGAAUAUGUGAAAAAUUAGCCACAUGUUGUAUAUUUUUUAAUUCCCAGGGCUUUUUCAAAGUGUAAACUUUUUUUUGGAUACACACUGUAUAGUAUGUGCUGCUGUUGGAAAGAGUCAUCUGGAGUCAUCUUCAUCAAUAACAUACAGGAACUUCAAGGACAUGGACCACAAGAAACAAAUUGCCUCUGAGCUUGUGGACAAGUUAAAGGGGAAGUCUACCCUGACAAAAAGUUUAUUGUUCAAAUGGUAAAAAAAAAAUAAAAAAAAUAUUGCUGAAGCUUUGAGAAAAAUCUAUCAAAGAAUAAAAAAGCUUAGUAGAAUUUUAUACGCGAGCAGCUUUCCUAUCGUAUGGAAAAAAAUCAAUGGAAUGUCAUUUUCUCAGAAAAAUUAAGAUGGUUUUUACUGAACCUUCAGUAUGAUCAAUAGGCAAAUCAUUUCACACCCAUACCUAUAAAGAAAAAAAAAAUAAGUAAAUCAUGAACCAUUAAAAAUUGAAAUUUAUACACUUUAUUUACAUAACAUAUGGGAAAGCUGCUCAUUUAUGAUGUUACAAAUUACCCCAAAACUUAAAAUUCUAAUAAUUUUUUUAAUUCUUUAAUGGAUUUCCCUCAAACCCUCAUCAAUAUUUUUGUCUCGCCUGCAUAGCGUCGUCAACAUCAAAUCGUAACCAAAUGUUAAGUUUUUAAAAUGUCAUAACUUAGAAAUUAUAUGUGCCUAGUUCAUGAAACGUGGACAUAAUGGGUAAGUUGAGUCGGUAAUGGGGGUUCCCGUGCACCAUCGUGGUAUAUUUUUCAAACGCCUUUUUUGUAUUGCCUGAAGUGUCUAGUUAAUGAAUCUUGAUGUUCCCUUUGCCAAAUCAUCAUGUCCCAUGGGGUUCAAAAUUGGCAAUUUUGGCGGCCAUCUUGGAUUCUUUUUGAAAAUCAUUUGUUUUCAUAUUUUUUCUACAGACAAUGGGAAAAUCUUAAUUGAAUAUGCAUUUCAUUAUGGUUUAAAUAGUGAAAAUCAAUUGCAAUCGUUUUCUUGACAAUUCAGUUAUUAUUUUUUGAAAAAAAUGAGAACUUAAGCCAAAAUUUUCAUGUUUUUGGUCAAAAAUUUGCAUUGGCAUUGAUAUCAUUCUGUUCCAUCAUAAAUAUCAACAACUAAUGCAAAAUAUCAACAGCAUUAGACACGAAAGAGGAUAUACUAACGAGAAAAUUGAUAUGCUUCAUGACAGUAUUACCGGUAAAUCUUUUCUAACAGUAUUAGUUAUUGGCACUUUGACACUCAUCCAAACUUUCUUUCUUUUCUUGUGCACCUCGGAAUAGAAUAUUUCUAGAUAGAUGGCGCUAUAUAAAUGCCUAUUAUUAUUAUUAGUAUUAAUGUCUUAAUUUGCUUUGAUAAAGGACAAGUACUUCCAAAUGUAUUACUCGAUAUUGUGAUAAAAUGACACCAAAAAGCAACCUCUGUGUCUUAUUAUAGUCACACUAAUGAGACUGACUACAAUGCGAUCGGUGGCAUGCCUUUCAAGAGAGUAGAAUAGAUUAAAUCGCUCUGGCAUCACCUUUGUUGGUGUGACUAACGCGCAGAAAUGCGUGUAAUGUGCGUAGCGAUGGAAAGGUAUAAAGUAUUCAGAUAAGUAUGAGGGCAAGAGGUGUUUUCUACAUGUUAAAGCAAAUUUAUGUUAAUGAAACCUCUUGGAAAAUUUAGGAGACAUUGCUCUGCAUGUUGCAUGCAAUUACGUUCAGGCACCUUAAAGUGAUUGGUUAACAUUGGUUUGACUUUUAAAAAAUCUGAGCUAGAAGGUCACACUUGUCACCUGUGUCUGUGAUAUAUGUUACAAAAAUGAAGCCCAGUUCUAAUACAUACACUUGUACACAUGUUUCAUCUUGGUUUGAGAAUUUUUUAAAAUCGGCUGCUCACAAAGUUAAACAAUACCCCACCCUUAUCCGUAGCUUGACCCUUAAAAAUUAUCAUGCUUUUUGGAGCCCCCAAUGUGGCAAAAAACGGUGUUACGGCUAUGUAGAAAAAUCACUUAUUUUCUUGAAAUCACUCGGAGACCAGAGAGUAGACUUUUUUCUAUCAGCUACAUAAUCAAGUUCAGAAGUGUUGGUACAGAAAAACCUACCCCCUCAGGGGGCUUCUGAAGUCACACCACCCUUUUUUCAUAUUUCGCCAAUUUCUUGGAUUAUUCGCCAUUUUGGAUCCCAAAGUGCUGGCACAGCGAAGCCUACCCCCUCAGGAGGCUGCCGUAGUCACCCACCCAUUUUUACGUAUUUUGCCUAUUUGUGGGAAAAUCGCCAAUUUAUAGCCCCCAUUGAGGCAAAAGGUGUUUCUGCCAUAGGGUUAGCCAUCAAACCAUGGUUGUAAGGGUCAGAAAAUACACUGGAACAAGCUUCAAGACGAUCAGUAAUCCAGUAUGUACAAAAAUCCAAGAUGGCUUCUACAAUAUAUAGUCUAAAAUGACUGCUGUUACUUCAUUAAAGUCCACCAAGAAGAUAUGAUUUUGGUGUCCACACAAUGAUUUCAAGGUUAAAAUGAUACUUUUGAACUGGUUACAAUGAUAUGUUGUUGUCUAUUUUGCCUAAAAAUCCAAGGGGAAUUUCAAAAUUUAUUCAUAAUCACAAAUGCUUCUUUAUUUGUGACCAAUUUUGAUUUUUUUUCAUCCAUCUGGUAGAGCUGCAUGAGGAUCACCAAACUUGUACGCAAAAUUUUGAAAAUUUGUCUAGAAAAUUAUUUAUGCUAAUUUAUGCAAAAUUUAUUCAUAAAUCACAAAAAGUGUUUUUUCUCCUUCAUUUCUUGAUCAAUUUCAAUUUUUGCUUUAUGUGAUAGCACUAGGUGGUGAUAUAAAAUUUCAACACAGAAUUUUGAAACUCAUUAAUUAUGCUUAUUUAUUCAUAUAUUUUCAAAACUCACAAAAAAUACUUAUUUAUUUGUUGAUCGAUUUUGAUUAUUUUCGUUCCAUCUGAGAGCACAUGAGGUUCACCAGGGUUCUACACAGAGUUUAAAAUUUUGACUAGAAAAUUAUUUAUAUGAAAUUUAUUCAUAUAUCACAAAACAUGCUUCUAUGUCAUUUCUUCAUCAAUUUCAAUUCUAUAUCCUCAAUUUAUGUCACCAAUAUAGUUCACUACAUUGUCAACUGGGCUGAAAUUAAAAUUGUGUUAAUUUUUGUUGCGAGAUGCCGGAUGAGCUCCACAUCAUUGAUGUGCUAGUUAUCUCUGCCAUCACCUCGGCUGUUUUUAUCUCUGCCAUUUUUACCUCUGCCAUUUUUACCUCUGCUAUUAUUACCUCUGCCAUUUUAACCUAGCCAUUUUUACCUGGCACCCCCUGAUGUGGAUUUUGGUAGAUACAUGUAUUUAGUAUGUUAUUCCUGAGGUCAAGUAGUUCCAGAAACAGUUAAACAUUUUGUUGCAAUUUGUUUGGGGUAAGGGUAUAUUUGGUUGUAUAUUGACCCGUCCAGAAGGUGAUUGUCAAUAACAAAUGCUUGUAUAUUCCCAAAAUCAAAAGAUUUUUAAGCUACAUGUAAGUAAAAAAGCAAUAGCUCAUACACUUAUAUAUGCCAGCAAUCUUCUAAAAAUCUUUUGUCGGUUGAAUAUUGUUCCAAGUGUAAUCGUGUUAUGUUAAGAAAUUAAAAGAGUUCAUUUAUGAAUAA